GACUGAACGUGAACUCGCCUCAGAGGAGCUGAUUUACCCGUUUAUAUGCUCUUAGUGAAGCCCUGAGAGCGGCAUUGCAUUGCACAGAAGCGGACAAACUGUGGAUAUUUCAUCUCAUACUGUUGCGUUUGAUGCGCGGCGGAGUCUGCUGUCUUUCAUAAGAGUGUGCUCGGAUCCGACGAACCUUUCAUUCCUCGAGCUUUCAUGUCUGUGGUUUGACUCCACUGAAACUCGACUUCCAGAGGUUCUUUGAUUGAUCGCACCUGAUCGGAAUCAGACGGCGGAUUUUUGCCUUGUUCAUAUGAUGGGAAGAAGUGAAAAGACUGCGGGAAGAGCUCGCGCCGCGUCGGGAUUCUUACAGCAGAUGAUUCCUAGAAGAGUUUUCCUUGUUUUAUUGCUCGUCAACAUCGGUGCGGCUCAAGAUGACGACUAUCUGGGAUUGGGCGAGCUCCCAGAGACCUUCCCUUCCGACCCACCUGAGCCCCUCCCACACUUCCUGAUGGAGCCAGAAGAGGCGUACAUCGUCAAGAACAAACCUGUCAAUCUCUACUGCAAGGCCACGCCCGCCACGCAGAUCUACUUCAAAUGCAACAGCGAGUGGGUGCAUCAGAAAGAGCACAUGGUGGAGGAGCGUGUCGACGAGACCUCUGGUUUGGUGGUUCGUGAGGCGAGUAUCGAGAUCACCCGUCAGCAGGUGGAGGAGCUCUUUGGUUUGGAGGAUUUCUGGUGCCAGUGUGUCGCCUGGAGCUCGGCCGGAACCACCAAGAGCCGCAAGGCACACGUCCGCAUCGCCUAUCUCAGGAAAACAUUUGACCAGGAGCCGCUGGGAAAGGAAGUUUCUCUGGAACAGGAAGUGCUGCUCCAGUGCCGCCCACCUGAAGGAAUACCAGCGGCUGAGGUGGAAUGGCUGAAAAACGAGGAAGUAAUCGAUCCUGCAGAUGACCGAAACUUCUACAUCACCAUCGACCACAAUCUGAUCAUCAAACAGGCCCGUCUGUCCGACACGGCCAACUACACGUGCGUCGCCAAAAACAUUGUAGCCAAACGACGAAGCACCACAGCCACUGUCAUCGUCUACGUGAACGGCGGCUGGUCGACAUGGACAGAGUGGUCAGUGUGUAGCAGUCGCUGUGGGCGGGGCUAUCAGAAGAGGACGCGGAGCUGCACCAAUCCAGCGCCUCUGAACGGAGGAGCCAUUUGCGAUGGUCAAGCCAUCCAGAAACUGGCCUGUAACCCCCUGUGUCCAGUUGAUGGACUGUGGACAGAGUGGAGUAAAUGGUCGCCAUGUGGAACGGAGUGUACACACUGGAGAAGAAGAGAAUGCAGCGCACCGGCACCCAAAAAUGGCGGAAAGGACUGUGAGGGGACCGUACUUCAAUCCAAAAACUGUACAGAUGGUCUCUGUAUGCAGACGGCACCGAGCACGGAUGAUGUGGCGCUGUACGUGGGCAUCGUGAUCGCGGUCAUCAUGUGUUUGGUUAUCUCUGUCAUUGUGGCACUCUUCGUCUACCGGAAGAACCACAGAGACUUCGACUCUGACAUCAUGGAUUCAUCGGCGCUCAAUGGAGGUUUCCAGCCGGUCAACAUCAAGACGGCUCGGACAGCCGAUCUCCUAACGGCUCCUCCAGAUCUGACGUCAGCUGCCGCCAUGUACAGAGGUCCCGUUUACGCCCUCCAUGACGUUGCUGAUAAAAUCCCCAUGACGAACUCCCCUCUGCUCGACCCGUUGCCCAACCUGAAGAUCAAGGUGUACAACUCGUCCGGUAUGGUCACGCCUCAGGAGGACCUCUCCGACAUCUCGUCCAAGUUUUCGGCCAAACUCCCGCAAGCCCUGAUCGACAGCGACACCAUCAGCCGUCGCACGCAGACCCUGGUGCGCUCGCGGGACCCUUCCUGCACCGCGUUCGGUUCCUUCAACUCUCUCGGAGGACAUCUGAUCGUUCCCAACUCAGGAGUGAGUUUGUUGGUGCCAGCGGGUGCAAUUCCUCAGGGACGCGUCUAUGAGAUGUACGUGACCGUUCACAGGAAGGAGAGCAUGAGGCCUCAGGUUGACGACACAAAGACUGUUCUGAGUCCAGUGGUCAGCUGCGGUCCUCCUGGAGCUCUCCUCACCCGUCCCGUCAUCAUCACCAUGCACCACUGCGCCGAGGCGGACAGCGAGGACUGGCUCAUACAGCUCAAGAGCCAAUCACAUCAGGGCCAGUGGGAGGAUGUGGUGGUUGUGGGCGAGGAGAACUUCACGACGCCCUGCUACAUUCAGAUGGAUGAAGAGGCGUGCCACAUCCUGACGGAGACGCUGGGCACGUACAGUUUAGUGGGUCAGUCUGUGAGCGCCGCCACCAGCAAGAGACUCAAACUGGCCAUCUUCGGUCCCGUCAGCUGCACUGUACUGGAGUACAACAUCAGAGUUUACUGUCUGGACGACACGCAGGACGCGCUGAAGGAGGUUCUUCAGAUGGAGAAACAGAUGGGUGGAAAGUUACUGGACGAACCGAAGUCUCUGAACUUUAAGGACAGCACACACAACCUGCGUCUGUCUCUGCACGACGUGCCACACACACUCUGGAAGAGCAAACUCCUCGCCAAAUACCAGGAGCUGUCGUUUCAGCAGGUGUGGAGCGGAUCUCAGCGUAAUCUGCACUGUACGUUCACACUGGAGCGGUUCAGUGCCAGUACAGUCGAUCUCUGCUGUAAGCUGUGUGUGAGACAGGUGGAGGGAGAGGGACAGAUCUUCCAGCUCAACACCACCCUAUCAGAGGACUCUCAGUGUAUCGACACGUCUCUUUUGGAUCCGGCCAGUAACAUCACCACACUGGUGGGUCCAAACGCCUUCCGGAUCCCACUGUCCAUCCGACAGAAACUGUGCGGGAGUCUCGACGCUCCGCAAACACGCGGCAACGACUGGAGGAUGUUAGCGCACAAACUCAACCUGGACAGGUAUCUGAACUACUUCGCCACAAAGUCGAGUCCGACCGGUGUCAUUCUGGACCUGUGGGAGGCGCAGCUUCCCGACGGAAACCUCAACCGCCUCGCCGCCGUGCUGGAGGAGAUGGGUCGCCAUGAGAACAUUGUAUCCAUGGCAACGGACCACUGACACCUGUCCAGAGCGACGGCCGCAGGAUGUUCCCGGGAAGUGUGAGAGCGCGAGUCGCAGGCGGGUCGGCCACAAUCGCCUCCGGAGUCACCGUGGCAACCACAGACCUGCUCGAAACACGCAAGACCGCUCCUGAUUCCGUUUAA